AAUGAUUACCUAGAAGAUCGCGUUUAGAGUCAUGACGAAGUAGUCUUCGAUCCAUGAUGCGGAUACCUUCAACCCAACUUACAUCAUUUCAUGACAUCAAUACUGUACCUUACAGCUAGUGAUUACUUAUCUCAGCUAUAUGUGUGUCUCUGAUAAUCCCUGUGACGAACACUUCAUCGUGCUUCCGAAAAUGAGACACAUCAUCUUGUCUCAGACACAGAUCCCUGCGGGGCAUAGAGGAUCAUUACUGCAUAGUUCGGUAAUCGCUGCAUGAUACGUAAAAGACCAAACAGCGCCCAACCGCUGAAGAUUGAGUUAUUUUUUCUCCUUCUUCUUCUAAUCUAACUCAAGUUAACUCUACCGGCAGCGGAAAAACCUGCGUUGAGCAAGCCACCAACACAAUGAGGCCACCUGUCGUGCAUUCCGAGUCCGCGUUGCCGGAAACCGAACCAAACGAGCCGAUUCUGGCUGAUUUGAUUGAUGAUGAGGAUGGCGAGUCGAUUUCUGGCGAUAUGUCGACGGUGUCGAUAACGAGCAGUAUUCUUGCGUACCGAAGGCGCUAUGGGAGGACGUAUGAGAAUAUUCAGUCGACGGAGUAUUGGGCGCCUAAUGAUGCGCAGCAGAAUUAUGGUCUGGAUCUCACGCAUGUCGGACUGUUCUUUACUCUCGGCGAGAAAUUGUUCCUUGCGCCUGUUGAAGAACCGAAACGUGUGCUGGAUAUCGGCACGGGCACGGGGAUUUGGGCGAUUGACUUUGGAGAUGAGCACCCAGAGGCUGAAGUCACAGGCACAGAUCUAAGUCCUAUCCAGCCAGCCGUAGUUCCUCCAAACGUCAAGUUCGUCAUUGACGAUUGUCUGCUCGACUGGACGUGGCCUGAGGACCAUUUCGACUUUAUCCACAUCCGCGCCAUGUAUGGCAGUGUUCCCGACUGGGUCGAUCUAUACAGCAAGGCAUAUACACACCUUGCACCGGGAGGCUGGAUCCAAGAUCUAGAAAUGGACGUCAAGCUUCAGUCCGAUCACGUCAAACUGCCCCCCGACCACGUCUUCAACGUCUGGGCAGACGCAUUCUACCGCGCGGGCCAGAAAAUGGGCCGUUCAUUCGACAUCUGCAAAGGGCACACGAUGCGCGAUAAUCUCAAAGCAGCAGGCUUCGUCGACAUCGUGGAAAAGAAGAUCAAGGCGCCCAUGCACUUGUGGCCCAGCGAUCAGAAACUGAAACGAGCAGGAGAACUGUUCCUAGAGGCUCUGGAGCAGAGUGUUGAAGGAGAGGAGGUUGAAGUGCUGCUGGGGCUGUUUCGUAAGGAGAUGAGGGAUAAGAGUACAUGUGCAUGGAUAUCAGUCCAACACUCGUCUUCAGCCUCAUCCUUGCCCCACAGGGACAUGAACAUGCCGAUACGACCAAACCCCGAAAUCCAUAUUGCCGUCAAAGUUAAGCUGUACCUAAUUCCCGUCUAUCAAGAAAUCUAA